GCACUAGGCUGGCAUGAUGACAUUAAAAUGGAGGUUUAGUCGUCGAUGGCGGAGAACAGUAGCGGCUUUUUUGGAUUGAUUGAUACUUGUAUUAUUAGAUUGCACAGUACAGUACAUAUUCCCUACAAUUGACCACUAAAUGGUAACACCCCAAUAAGUUUUUCAAGGUGUUUAAGUCGGGGUCCAGGUUCAUCAAUUGAUGGCUCUCUCGGCGUCUUUGCCAAAUCUCUUUGGAGCGCGAUAAGUUCCACCCACGCAGGCUCCCGAGCCAAGUAUUUGGGAGGCUAAGAAGGCGGAUUGCAGUCCGCCGAGAAGCACUCACCGGCCCGACGAUGAGGAGACCAGACCUCCUGCCGCCAUGUUUGUUUCUCCUCCUUCUUCUCCUCCUUCUGCUGACCUUCGUCGACGCUUCGAGAUUCCUGAGCCAGCGCGCGGCCUCGCGCUUCCUGCGCCGGCACAGGAGGGCCAACUCGCUCUUUGAGGAGCAUAAGGAGGGUAACCUGGAGCGCGAGUGUGUGGAGGAGCUGUGCAACAAGGAGGAGGCCAGGGAGAUCUUCGAGAACCAGCCCGAGACGGAGUACUUUUACCCAAAGUACAUUGUGUGUCUGGGCUCCCACCGCGUGGGCAUCAAGAAACAAAACUCCGACUCCACAAUUCCAUCUGAUCUACGCAGCUGCGUGACGGAAAUCAGCAACCAGUGCACGCCGUAUCCGUGCUACAAGGAAGGCUCGCAGCGCUGCGAGGACGGCCAGGGCUCCUACACGUGUGUGUGCAAGGCCGGCUGGAAGGGGCAGUGCUGUAACAACGACAUCGAUGAGUGUUCGGAUCCCGAGUUCCCAGCCGGAUGUAACCAAAAAUGUUACAAUAUUCCUGGGAGCUUCCACUGCAUGUGUGAAGACGGCUACUUCCUCUCCGACAACAUCAACUGUGUGGAUGUCAACGAGUGCCUGAUGUACCCCAGUAUUUGCCAGCCGCCUGCAACAUGUGUCAACACGCUGGGCAUGUUUGAGUGUGUGUGUCCCCCCGGCUUCAAAUACAACUUCACUUCCAAAAGCUGCAACGACGUGGAUGAAUGCCAGACGAGCGUGUGCGACGGCAUCUGCAUCAACAACGUCGGCAGCUACACCUGCCACUGCGACGGCCGUCAGGACCUCCGCCUGGCGGACGACGGGCGCAGCUGUGAGAAGAUCCCAGUCUGCGUGGAGUUGUACGACUCCAAAAAUGCGGAGAUGCUGUACUUGGGGGAGCAGUUUGCUGGGCUCCCUGGGAUAUAUCUGCUCUUUCGCCUGCCAGAGAACACCAAGUUUGCGGCCGAGUUCGACUUCCGCACCUUCGACCCAGAGGGAGUUAUCCUCUAUGCCGAGUCCUCCCGGGACUCCUGGUUCAUGUUGGGGCUACGAGGCGGACAUAUUGAGGUCCAGUUUAAAAACCCGCACACCUUCAAGGUGACCAGUGGAGGCAAAGCCAUCAACGAUGGACAGUGGCAUGUGAUCUCCGUGGAUGAGCUGGAGAACAGCAUCAGCGUGAAGAUCAGCAAGGAGGCCAUAAUGAGCAUCAACAGUCCUGAGAGUCUCUUCACGUCUUUUAAUGGCAAACUGGAGACCAAAGUUUACAUCGCCGGUUUGCCCAACCGCACCAACAACGUCAUCAAACCUAUCAACCACAGACUCGAUGGCUGCAUCCGGGGCUGGAACAUAAUGAACCAGGGAGCGUCCGGCGUGAAGGAUGUCAUCCUGAAGAAGAAGAGUAAACAAUGUUACGUGUAUGUUGAACCGGGCUCUUUCUUCACUGGGGAAGGAUUGGCACACUUCAAUGUUGACUACAGUGACUCUGGCAGUUGGAAGGUGGAUUUAAGGCUGGACAUACGUCCUUCCAGCAGCACGGGGGUCCUCUUUGCUCUCCUUUCCGACGAGGUCGUCCCGCUGUCGGUCGCCGUGUUGUCGCAAGGAGAAGAAGACGCGAACCUGCAAGUGUUCCUGGAUGGGGUUUCCGUGGCCACGCUGGACUCUCUGAUGCUGUGCUACCCCGACCACUUGACGGUGCUGCUGAGCGUGACGCCGAGCGGGAUGCAGCUGUCCGCCAACUCCUCCACCGUCAGCUACGCCGCGCCCCACGCCCUGCAGGAGGCUCUACAGCGCCUCCACUCCAGCAUGCAGAACCCCGUCAGAACCUACGUCGCUGGGAUACCAGAUGACGUCCCGCUAGCUGCCACCCCGGUGACGGCCUUCUAUCACGGCUGCAUGAGCGUCUCCGUCAACGGCCAGAUGUUGGACUUGGACGAGGCCCUGAGCAAACACAACAGUAUCAAGUCCCAUUCCUGUCCUCCCAAUUCCCCCCCAGAGACUGAUGCCCCUCCCCCGUAUGCAGCGUGACACGCAGCAGUGUCCUCCUGAACUGUAGGACACGGGAUGCAAGAUGUCAGAUAUAUGUUUUACAUUCUUACAAAGUAUCUGUCCCACAUUUUGUUCUGAUUACCUGUAGCGAGGAACCACGACGGAUUGUUUGCCGGAAUGAUGUAGUCGCACUUUUCUUGCAACCCACAAUUCCAAGAAAUGUUGGGAAAACAGCAGCGCUUUUCUGGCACGCUCGAUGUUGAGCAAUGUUUGGGUCUCAGCACCUGGAGCCUGACCUCUUUCACCAUGGUGCAAACAUCCUUGUACAGAGAAAUGACUUGAAAUUAAAAAUAUGUUAUGAA